AGGCGCAACACAACACUUAUGGAGGUGCUUUUCGGUCGGGUGGGAUCGAGCCGUCUGAGAGGAAACUGCUGUUGAGUUGCAAAUGAGUUUGUAAUGAGCCCUUCCGCAUUUGCCUGGAGGGAUUGUUUUGUGUGUUUUGUGUGUGUGCGCGAGGGAUCGCGGUAUUAGCAUGCUGUAUAAAUCCACAGUGAACACAAUUAACAAGCAAUUGGGAGAAGUAAUUAGUAUUAUCUACUUAACACUGUGUCAGAGAAAAUAGGUUAAACACACACACACACACGCGCACGUACCCCACCCUGGCUUAUUGUUGCCUGAAUCAACAGGUCAUUUUAAGGCAGAAGGCUCCAGUUUUUAAGCUGCUAAUUAAUUAUGCCAAGUGGGUCUCCACAAUAGCGGCACAGAAUGGUGAGGAGAAAUUCGUGUGUCUCGGGGGGGCGGCAAGGAGCAUCUCUGAGAGUGCAGAUGUUCCCACGAUGAUGCUAAUCUCCUUUGCUGCGGAUCAUCCUUUACCUGACGGCAACCUCCGAUGUCGAGGGCAUCGAAGGUGCAUGAAUGAAUUGAUCCGCGCGCUCUUUGGCGCACCGUCCGUGCCCGGGCCGCUCUAUCCAUGUCUGCUGAGGCUAAUCGUCCAAACAAGCUGAUGAGCUGUGUGUCACCUCAGGUUAGGGUGCACCUCCCUGCCCCCUACACGCCACGCCACCCCACCCCACCCUUGUCCUAUAAUCCUCCUCCAAAAAAGAGCAGGGAUUCUAAUUGUAUCCCACUAUAAAUACCAGCUGACUCCUGGUGCUCCUCGCGUUAUCCGUGACACCGGCCACCACGCAGCAUCUCGUCCUCGCUCCCGGUUUUUUUUGGCAACAUGUUCCCGCUGCCCAUGUUCACAGCUGACCAGGUGGCCCGCGUGUGCGAGAACCUGGAGGAAACGGGUGACAUCGAGCGCCUCGGCCGCUUCCUCUGGUCCCUCCCGGCCGGGGAGGCUCUGAACCGGCACGAGUCGGUGAUGCGCGCUCGAGCCCUGGUGGCCUUCCACGGAGGAAACUUCGAGGCGCUCUACCAGAUCUUGCAAAGUCACCGCUUCACGCGGGAGUCCCACGCUAAGCUGCAGGACCUCUGGCUGGAUGCGCACUACCGGGAGGCCGAGAGGCUCCGGGGGCGACCCCUGGGCCCGGUGGAGAAGUACCGGAUCCGGAAGAAGUUCCCUUUACCCCGAACUAUCUGGGAUGGCGAGCAGAAGACUCACUGCUUUAAGGAGAGGACCCGCAGUUUGCUGAGGGAGUGGUACCUCCAAGAUCCUUACCCCAACCCGUCCAGGAAGAGGCACCUGGCGCAGGCCACGGGACUCACGCCCACCCAGGUUGGAAACUGGUUCAAGAAUCGGCGGCAACGAGACCGUGCGGCAUCCGCCAAAAACAGACUGCAGCAGGACCCCGCCCUCCUCCCCUCAGACCAGGAGUGCUGCCCCUGUUCGUCAGUGCCCUCUCCCCGUCAUUUGGGCAGUCCCGAGGCCAGUGACUGCAGCACAGGAACCGAGCACAGGGGGACCGGCGCCUCCACACCGGAAAUCUCUGUCAGCAGUGACAGCGAAUUCGACUCCUGAGAUAGCGCCUGUUUUUUCUGGGGUGUGGUGGGUGGGGUUUGGGGGUCGGCGGCAAAAUAAACUGUGGUCAUGCUGGAGAUGGCAUCCAGCGGGGUCUGGGCUGUGCCAUGAUGGGGCGAUGACGUCGUACUGCAGCAAAAAAGCAAAAUGUCACGCACUUAACCAAGCCCCGUGACCUUGACAGCAUGAUAGUCCGCGGCGCCUAGUAACGAAAGUAACGCCUCUGCUCUUAAAGUGUUUCUUUUUGCUUGCUCUGGCGGCACAGUGCCUGGCGAAAGUACUCGCACUCUGAACUGGAGUAGAAGUACAGAUAAUUGUGGAAAAGUCAAAGUACUGAUUCAACUCCUUUACUGAAUAAAAGCACAAACUCUCGAGUACAAAAGCAAAAUGAAUGAGUUCUUAAUGUCAAUUAUACGCAUGAUCUGUUUUGAGAACAUCAUGAAAACAAAAACUGCACAAAACGGUUUCAAUUGUUUUUUUUUUAUUAAUGUACAUAGUUACGUGUACUUCGGAAAAGAAUAAUCCAAGCUAGCAAUGACUCCACUUUUAGGCUACGUUAUGAACUCGCAAAAAAAUAUUUUGGGGGCAAAAUCAGGGAAUAAUAACAGCCCAAGAAUUGUAUGUUACCUUGUGUUUUUUUGUUUUUGUUUUUUAGAUUAGACAGACAAUUUUUUAAACUUUUUUUUUUAGGCUGGAACAAGACAACAUAUUUGCCACCAAUCGUUCGUGUCGUUGACAACAUCGAACAAUUCUCUUCACGUCAAUCACUUCUCUUCCACAAGGUCAAGGAUGGGGACAAGCAAGCCAUUUUUUGUGUUUCUCGCCAUUUGGUGAAAUGAAUCCAAAUCAAUACAAAAAUAAAUAAAUGUUUGUCACUGCCUUAAAAGGAAGUGAGGGCGCCGCUCAUGUUUACCUGCUAACGUCCUAUGAUGCGUUUGUAAGCCCCGUACGCCAUGUCAACGACAGGAUAGUUUGGUCGAAACGUGCCUCCGGUGGACUUUCUUCCUGAGCAUUUGAGGAAAAAAGAAAGCUGUAGGUUUCAUGUCAAUAAAUGAAAGUAUUUCUAUCCAAAGUGAA